CUGACGUCAUGUGGAAUGAGGAAUGCAGAUGCAUUGUCAGAAAUAACUGACCCGAGAACAAAUUGAGCGAAACCGAGCUGCAGAAAAUGCUCCGUUCUCUCUGCUGCGGCUGCUUCUCAGGUGAAAACUCCGACACUGAGAGACAGCCUCUCCUGCAACCCAGACCGUCAGACCUGGAUGGAGCUGGGUCAGCCAGGCAGACCCGGCCAGCACACAGUGAAGCACAGACUGUGAAGCGUAUCGGCAGGCUGGUGAUGAGGCGAAUCUGUGUGCCAGAGCUGGACCAGAGGUUUUGUGACAUGGCCGAGACCUUCAACGAACAGCAGGCGCGCUAUGAGUCCAUGGUCCGACACAUCAGAAACCUGCGACAGAUCUACGGAUGCAACCACAAUGAUAGCUUUGCUUUGGCUGAAUGUCUGGGGAGGAUCAGAGAGGAGCAUGAGGCCAAGUACAGGAUCUCCCUCAAGAUUAAGGGCUAUGACUUCUCCCUCGAAGUGGUUCCUGUGGGGUUUGGGGGGGAAAGUGAAGAGGAACCCAUGCCUCCACAUCUGCGACUGGCUCAGGAUGAACUGAAGGGCACAUCUGAGAGUGCCAAGGCCACCAUCUCAAAGGGCACCACACUUCAGGAGAUGAUUGGCUGGCUGCUCCGGAGCAAGGAGCCAAUGGCUGAGCAAGUGAAGGGAGCUGCGACAACUUACCAGGAGCGAGGAAGACUUAUUGAGAACCUGGAGGAGAACAUGAAGGAAGCGAGAAGGGCGAAGGAGCUGUCUCUGGGAUACCGACAACAGGCCGGGGCCGUCCUCACUGAGGCUGCAGAGAUAGCAGGGGCCUCUCUGUAGGCUGUGAACAUUUUAAAUUCUCUGUUUGAAUACACUCAUUACAAUACAGGAGAAAAGGAUUGAAAUAUUCACAGAGGUCACACACACUAUUUGACUGUUUCGGGUACAGAAAAGGGUCAGAGCUGCAACAUAUCAUCAGCAACCUGCAUCAAUAUCCAAGCAUUUGCAGCAACAUCAGGAGUGUUAGACAUGUUAGAAAACAGCAAAUCAACCAUGCACACACACAAAAUCAAGAUGUAGUCAGUCUGCACUCUCCUUUGCAGGCCAUUGCAGCCCCUUGUGUCCUGUUUGCUACAAGAACAUGAGGACUUGCCAUCAUAUCUGACCUUUAUAUGUUUUAUAUCAUGUAGAAAUAUUGCAGGGAUUCUAACACUUAAAAGAUAUUGUUUGUGUAAAGACUUGGAGUGUUUUCCUUGACGGCUGUGCUUUUUCCAGCUUACAUUAGGGGGCAGUGCACACUCACUUUACUAUUCUUACAGUUGCUCUUCAAUUCUUGUCGCUCAGAUUUUGUCUGGGUCAUUUCAUGAUGAAGUAUUCCCUAAAUCCCCAAAUCAGGUAUUAAAAUGAUAGCGGUCUCACUUUUUUUUAAUUUAGAUUUUAUCUUGCACUUGAUUAGAGUCUUACAUUUUUGCAACAGGCACAGAUUGUAGAAAGUAUGUAAAUAAGGAAGUAUUCUGGUUUUACCUGCACUGGACAGCACAUUUCAACAAAGGACAGGAGAGGACACAGUUUCUUAUCGCAGCAACAUGAGCUGGACUGGAGGGUUGUUGUGACUGUGGGUGCAGUAUUAUUGUAGCAUUUAGAGGAAGCAGAUUUGCUGCUUAUCGUCCACAGAGGCCCAUGUUAACUGAUUACAAUCUGCAGCUUUCCAUCUGCUAUUAAUGUGAGAGCAAACAAACACGUGGUCAUAUGCCAUCUUGAUAAUUAAUUUUGGAAAAUCCAUUGUUCCAGAGGUCAUUGUCAAGUGGUCAUGCAUUAUUUAUCUGAGGGAAACAGUUUUAGAGCAUUGCUUUUGCCUUAAGCUUAACAGAUUAAUUUGCAGAGAAGUGUGCUGGAAAACCUGGGUGAGUUGUUCAUCUCGAACGAAAAUAAAUUUUGAAAAUAGAACAAUUAAAAAAUGUUGUGGAAAAUAA